AGAAUUGUUCUAGAGAGAGAGAGACGUAUCACAUUCACAGAGGCAGAGAAAACAGAGAGUGAAAUCACAGAAAAUGGGCGUUUCUGGCGAGCGCUUCGAUGUGAUCAUAGUCGGAGCCGGCGUAAUGGGCAGCUCCGCCGCAUACCAAACGGCGAAAAGAGGCCUAAAGACUCUUUUGCUGGAGCAGUACGACUUCUUGCACCACCGAGGGUCCUCUCACGGGGAGACACGCACCAUUCGUGCCACCUACCCUCAGGACUACUACUACCCAAUGGUGAUGGAGUCCUACAAGCUCUGGCGAGAAGCCGAGGCCCAAAUCGGCUACAAGGUCUACUUCGAGGCCCAUCAUUUCGACAUGGGCCGCGCCGACGACCCAGACAUCCAUGCCGUCAUCGCCAACUGCCGGAAACACUCAGUCCCGCACCAAGUCCUCCGUCGUCACCAAGUAGCGGAGAAAUACUCCGGUCUCAUCUCCAUCCCGGACGAUUGGAUCGGCGUGUCCAACGCUCUAGGUGGCAUCAUAAAGCCGACGAAAGCAACGGCCAUGUAUCAAGCACUGGCCUCCAAACACGGCGCUGUGCUGACUGACAACACCGAGGUCAUCGAUAUUAAAAGAGACAACGCGAACGGCGGAGUCACGGUUUUUACGGCUCGCGGCGACAGUUUUUGGGGCAAGAAAUGCGUGGUGACGGUCGGGGCUUGGAUGAAGAAAUUGGUUAAAGCGGUUAGCGGGAUCGAACUGCCUAUACAACCCUUGGAGACCCACGUGUGUUACUGGAGAAUCAAGGAGGGGCACGAGGCGAAAUACGCUAUCGGCGGCGACUUUCCGACGUUCGCGAGCUACGGGAAGACGUACAUAUACGGGACUCCGACGCUGGAGUAUCCGGGGUUGAUCAAGGUGGCGGUGCAUGGCGGGAACCCGUGUGACCCGGACAAGAGGCCGUGGGGCCCCGGAGCGAGGAUGGAAGAGUUGAAGGAAUGGGUGGAGAAGACAUUCUCGGGAAUGGUUGAUUCGAGCGAAGCUGUGGUGAAACAGGCGUGCAUGUACUCGAUGACGCCGACGGAGGAUUUUGUGAUUGACUUCUUGGGGGGAAGGUUCGAGAAGGAUGUGGUGGUGGGGGGCGGGUUCUCGGGUCACGGGUUCAAGAUGGCUCCGGUGAUUGGGAGGAUACUGGCGGAUCUUGCGGUGGAAGGGGAAGCAAAAGGGGUUGACAUGACUCCUUUUAGGAUCCGGAGAUUCAUUCAGAUUAGCCUUCUGUAGGCUCUUUACAUACAAAAAACAACUUAGUAUGUCUGUUUCAUUGAACUCGUUAUUGUAUCAGUUCUAGUUGUCCAUCCUCGAUCCUCACAUAUAUAUAGUAUGUUGCUUGGUAGCACUACUUAAUGGGGGUUUUGCUGGUCUGGUUUGAGUGUGCGGUUCCCUCCAGUUAAGCUGUUAAUGGAUAUAUAUAAUCAGCAAUCACAGGCACACCAUGUUGCCGUUCGAUGCUCCCA